AUGGGUUUGGGGAAUCUGAUAGCACUGGCUAUCGCUUCGGCCGGUCUCUACGUAUUCGGAUACGCAAUCUAUAACCUUUACUUCCACCCUUUGGCAAAGUAUCCUGGCCCGUUGUUGAUGCGCGCAACGCGAUUAGGAUAUUGUCAACGGUUGUUGAAAGGCACUUUGUCCUUUGACUUGCUGGAACUGCACAAAACGUACGGCGAUAUUGUGCGCGUGGCCCCGAACGAGCUGGCCUUUGCGAACUCACAGGCAUGGAAGGACAUCAUGGGCCACCGGACCGGUCCCGGUGGUGACUUUGAGAAGUGGGAGAAAUUUUACCGCCCCGUCGACGGCGUGCCAACGGAUAUCGUCAACGCUGGACGCGAGGAGCAUGGUAUGCUGAGACGGACCAUGGCCCACGGGUUCAGCGACCGCAGCAUGCGUGAUCAACAACCGCUCAUCAAAGGAUACAUCGACUUGUUGAUGCAGAGGCUCAGAGAGCACGGCGAAAAUGGCCAGAAGGUGGUGGAUAUCGCGGCCUGGUAUAACUUUACCACUUUUGAUGUUAUUGGCGAUCUGGCUUUUGGUGAAGGUUUCGGAUGUCUUGAAAAGUCCGAAUACCACCCCUGGGUAAAGAACCUGUUCAAGAUGGCUAGUGCUGGCACAAUCUUCCAGGUCUUGUCGCAUUAUCCGCCCCUGAUAAAGCUCAUGCUUGCGCUUGCCCCCAAGAGUCUCAUGGAGGAGCAUGAAAAGCACACCGAGAACGCCAAGGACAAGCUGCGCAGACGUAUGGAAAUGGGCCACGACCGAGCGGAUCUCGUCGAAGGGUUACUGAAGCGCAAGGAUGAGUGGGGGCUCACGCUCGACAAGCUGCAAGCCAACAGCGCCAUUCUCAUCAUCGGCGGAUCCGAGACGACGGCUACCCUUCUGGCGGGCGCUACCUUCCUGUUGGCGACAAGCCCGGUUGCUCUCAAGAAACUCACGGAUGAGAUCCGAAGCGCCUUCAACUCGGAGGACGAGAUCGAUUAUGCCAGCGUCAGCGUUCUACCGUACCUGUUGGCCUGCUUGGAUGAGGCUCUGCGCAUGUACCCCCCUGUUCCGACAGGCUUGCCACGUGUGGUUCCCAAGGGGGGAGCCAGCAUUACGGGUCACUUUAUUCCAGAAGAUAGCAUUGUUGCCAUUCAUCAAUGGGCCAUGUACCACAACGAUAAGCACUUUAAGGACCCGUUCACCUUCCACCCAGAACGCUGGCUCAACGACCCGGCGUUUGAGAACGACCACAAGGAAGCCUUCCAGCCUUUCCACAUUGGAGCCCGCAACUGCCUUGGCAAGAACCUGGCGUACCUCGAAAUGCGCAUCAUCCUGGCUCGCCUGCUCUGGAACUUUGAUCUGAAGAUUGCCGAGGACAGUGUCGACUGGAUGAAGAAGCAGAAGAUCUUCAAUUUUUGGGACAAGGAUGCGCUCAACGUGUAUCUGACGCCGAGGAAGCUUUAG